AUGUUCACGCUGCGCGCAACCAAUCCAUUCCGGCGAUGCAAAAACAGAGUCAAUCCGCCCGUCGGCAAUCAUCUCUCUCCUGAGAAAGGAGCAUUAUUGAUAGGGCGACCGACACGGAUAUCUAAUACCGACACAGAAACUUUGGGAGCAGCCUUCGUGGCAGCCUUUGAGGUGACCGAUAUCCGGUAUGCCGUCGCCUACUAUGGACCUUUCCUCCGCGAAAUUCCACGGCGAUUAGGCAAUAGUACAGUACUGGAUGCAGCCGUCCGAGCCUUGUCAACCGCUUAUCCGUUCUUUCACAAGGGAUCUUACCCACCGGUUGUACUCGGUCUCUAUGGUCAAUCGCUGCGGGCACUGAGAGAGUGCUUGAAUAAUCCAGUUGAAGCCCAAACGCCCAAUACAUUGUGUGCGCUAUACUUAAUAACAAUCUGCCAGGAAAAUACGAUGCGUCUGUCACUGGGCAUAGUGAGGCUAUCGCUCACCUGCUCAAAGCGUCGGCAGUACACCAGUGGAAUAGCACUUUCGAAAUGGAGAUGGUUAUCACACUAUGUGUGCCCAUAUCUUCUUAGAAUCUUUGAUCCUGGCAACGGUGCUUUGAUGAGCGAGGCUGUCUUUUUCUGUGACGAGAUUACGAUGCAAGCCGAGCUGGCAUCUAGCUACCGGCCCGUGGGAUCAGCGUACGUUCCUUUAUGCCUAGUUGUUGCUUGGGCUGCAUCAGAAAAUUUGGUUCAAUCGGCGAGGAUAGAGGCGAUAUUGGGGGAAUAUCAAACAGAUUUCGCAGACAUCCCUUGGAUCAGCCGUGCCAUUUGGUUGGCUUCUACCUUGGACAGCCACCGCAUACGAGUCAUAUCUGGGAGGCAGUGUGAGCAAUAUCUUCAAGACACAGUAUCACCGACCGCCACGAGAUAUGGCCUUGGUACUAGGAAAAAGGGGCAUUCAGUGCGCCCUUAG